AUGUCUAAAUAUCAUAUGGAAGGAUUAAAUAUACUUAAAAUGGCUCUUGUUGAACUAAAAUCAAUUAAAUAUACUUAAUUUACCAGAAACAAAAUUCGUACAAUUCUUGCCUUAAAAAAUAAUAAGACUCUAUAAUAAUAAGACACUUUGAAAUUUAGAAAUGAAUGCUUUGCGUAUUAUAGUUUGAUGAAAUAAGAAUUAUAUCAAAAAGACUUAACCAUAACUACAGCAGAGCACUUAAAGAAAACUAUGAAAAAUAAUUAUUGGGUAAAAUGA